AUGUCUGGAUUGAAAUACUGCAGACAUGGUGAUAUGGAUACGAUACGAGCACCAUACGUAGAAGAAUGUUCAACUGGGAAACAGACUCCAUCUAAAAAUUUUGUUAACAGAAAAAAAGAUUUUGAAAAUGACCCAUCAUCUGCUAUGGACAAUAUGAUCUCCACAAAUAAGAAGAAGAGGGAUUCAAAUGACACAUCAACUACUUUUUGUUACAGAUUUGAAUAUUCAAUAUCAGAAAGUCAUGAUUUGUCUUAUGUUCAUACUCAGAAAAAUGCUAAUUUUUCCUGCGAUCAUAACUCUCUCUGUAAAGAGGAUGGUGCUUUAUUGAAUGUGACUUUAAAUGGAGAACCUGGUAAAUUAUUUUGUUGCUCUGAUAAAGAUGAAUGUAAUAAACCAUCAGAUGUUGCUAUUGUAGCGCCAUUAUUAUGUUAUAAUGGUAAUAAUACUCAAGAUAGCAAGAUAGUGUCUUGUAAAGACCCUGAUGAUGUAUGUGCUGUAUCAACUAUUAUUAUUGGUGACCAGGUCAGAAAGGCAUAUUACUGUGAUAAUCAACGAUGUCUGGAUAGUGGUAUUACAAAAUUUGUUGGUUCAUAUGAAAAGUGUAAAAAUAUUACUUUUUCUGACAAUGUAACAGAAGAAUUGUGUUGUUGUGUACAUAGCAGAUGUAAUAAACCUCAUUCACUGUUUAUUAAAGACAAACCUGGGAAUGAAUCUCCCAACUAUAGUAGUGUUAAAGUGCUGGUGAUAGGGAUAGUAGGUGGAGUGAUGCUGUCACUAGUCUUCAGUUUUAUUGUCUAUGUUUUUGUGAAGCGACAUUUCAAUAAGAUGAAAUUAUUAAGGGACAAUGCCCAGGCUGUACGAAUGUCUUAUAAAGAAAUCAGUGCAGAUGAUGUCUCUAAUUCCGAAACAGCUCAUAUCUUAAACAUAUGA